AUGGCAGAUAAUGAACUCAGUGCCGGUUCACCUCCGAACCAGAGGUUAAAUGUUCCAUCAGCUUCUACCACCAAUAGGCUCACCAAGGCCCUUACCGACCUCGCCAACUCAGCAUCCAUGGCAACCCUCCCCCACCUGCGCUCACCAUGCUUUUACCAUAAAAGAUUCGAUGAGGCUGUGGACAUCGACAAAAUUCUAGAGGAGAUCAAGAAUGAUGAAUCCAUGUCGCACUCACGACUUGUCCAGACAGCCACAGGAGUCCGCGAGGUGUCGAAGCAGCUCCAGCGCAGGCCUGUGAAGCGCGCAGUACGGAAUGUGAUGAUCAUCACCAAGGCUAGAGAUAAUCAGCUCGUGCACUUGACGCGAGAGUUGGCUAUUUGGCUGAUGAGCACACCUCGCUACGGGUCCAAGGUUGGAGUCAACGUCUAUGUGGAUGCAAAACUGCGCAACUCAAAGCGAUUCGAUGCCGCCGGCAUCUCCAACACAGACUCUCGGUUUGAGCAGAUGCUGCAUUACUGGACUCCGGACCUUUGCUGGGCUCAGCCGGAGAAGUUCGACCUGGUACUCACCCUUGGCGGAGAUGGCACCGUCCUCUUCACCUCUUGGCUGUUUCAGCGCAUAGUGCCUCCAGUGCUUUCCUUCAGUCUCGGAAGUCUAGGUUUCAUGACUACGUUCGAGUUUGAGAAGUACAAGGAGCAUCUAAACCGUGUCAUGGGCGAUGACGGAAUGAAAAUCAACCUGCGGAUGCGCUUCACCUGCACCGUGUGGCGCGCCAACGCCCUUGGCGGGGCGGACAUGCACAAGGAAGACGAAUUCGAAGUCCUAAACGAGCUCGUCAUCGACCGCGGGCCUUCACCAUACGUGUCGCAGCUCGAACUCUAUGGAGAUGAAGAGCUCAUCACCGUCGUCCAAGCUGAUGGCUGCAUCUUUUCCACGCCUACUGGGUCAACGGCAUACUCGCUCUCUGCAGGUGGUCCGCUUGUUCACCCAGAUCUUCCAGCCAUCCUCUUGACACCCAUCUGUCCCCACACGCUGUCGUUCCGGCCCAUGGUGCUGUCAGACACUAUGGCCUUGCGUGUCGUGGUCCCACGAAACUCCCGCGCCACCGCCUACUGCGCCUUUGACGGCAAGGGCCGCAUCGAACUGAGGCAGGGUGACUCCGUCACCAUUGCAGCCUCGCAGUAUCCCUUCCCCACUGUCACACGAACGGACGCCGAGUGGUUUGACAGUGUACGACGCACUCUUAGAUGGAAUGUCCGCGCUGCCGAGCAGAAGCCAUUCGAUUCCAACGCUUACUCGACAGGGGGUGCCGCUGAGGAGUGGGACAUCGACACCGACAGCGCGUACUACCCGAGCGAGGAUGGCAGUGUGAGCGCGAGCCCGAUCCGGCGGCAAAUGAGCAUGCUGGAAAUGUAA